ACCUGUAAUUCGAGAAUACCUUUUUCCAAAAAUUUCAUGUUUUGUAGCUUGUACCGUUGUCCAAAAACAACUAACUCUCACCUCUUCACAUUAAAUUAUUUUCAAUCAUAAUCUUAUAUUUAAACACCUAAGAUACCAUUCCAUAUCAUACAAUAUAUAACAACUACUCAAAGAGACAUAGUCACAUUUCUCAUAUCAUAUUUGUGUGAAGCAAUUCAGGUGAAUUAAUCAACAACAUUUUGAGAUGGAAAAUUCUAAUGAAAAUGGUUUCCACAAAAAAAUUAAUGUAAAGCUAACAAAUGAACCAACACUUGUUCAACCAUCUGAAGAAACAAAGAAAGGAAUGUAUUUCUUAUCAAACCUUGAUCAAAAUAUUGCUGUAAUUGUAAGAACUGUUUAUUGUUUCAAAAAUGAAGAGAAAGGAAAUGAGAAUGCUAAUGAAGUGAUUAAGAAUGCAUUAAGGGAUGUUCUUGUUCAUUAUUAUCCUCUUGCUGGGAGAUUAAGUAUAAGCUCAGAAGGUAAACUUAUUGUAGAUUGUACUGGAGAAGGUGCUCUUUUUGUUGAAGCUGAAGCUAAUUGUUUAAUGGAAGAAAUUGGUGAUAUUACAAAACCUGAUCCAAGGACUCUUGGUAUGUUGGUUUAUGAUAUUCCUGAUGCUAAACAUAUUCUUCAGAUGCCUCCUUUGGUUGCUCAGGUAACCAAGUUUAAAUGUGGAGGUUUUUCUCUUGGACUAUGCAUGAAUCACUGUAUGUUUGAUGGCAUUGGAGCUAUGGAGUUUGUGAACUCAUGGGGAGAACUAGCAAGAGGCCAACCACUCUCAAUCCCUCCAAUUCUUGACAGAACCAUUCUAAAGGCGCGCAAUCCGCCAAUGAUAGAGCAUUUGCACCAAGAAUUUGCUGACAUUGAAGACAAAUCAAAUACAAGUAGCUUAUAUGAAGAUGAAAUGGUGUACAGAUCAUUCUGUUUUGAUCUUGAGAAACUAAAAGAAUUGAAGAAAAAAGCUAUGGAAGAUGAAAAUGGUGUUCUUGAAUCUUGCACAACAUUUGAAGUUCUUUCAGCAUUUGUUUGGAUAGCUAGAACAAAAGCACUUAAAUUGUUGCCAGAACAAGAAACAAAGCUUCUUUUUGCUGUUGAUGGAAGGGCUAAAUUUGAACCAAAACUUCCAAAAGGGUAUUUUGGGAAUGGAAUUGUACUAACAAAAUCGGUUUGUAAAGCAGGUGAAAUCACGAACAAGCCCUUUUCGUAUACCGUGAAGGCUAUUCAAGAAGCAAUUAAGAGUGUCACUGAUAGUUACAUGAGAUCAGCUAUUGAUUAUUUUGAGGUAACAAGAGCUAGGCCUUCUUUGGCUUGUACACUUUUGAUCACAACUUGGUCGCGGCUUCCGUUUCAUACCACUGAUUUCGGUUGGGGAGAACCUGUUCUGUCCGGACCAGUUUCGUUGCCUGAGAAGGAAGUGAUAUUGUUCCUUUCACAUGGUCAAGAGAGGAGAAGCAUUAAUGUGCUUCUUGGUUUGCCUGCUCCUGUCAUGAAGAUCUUUCAAGAUUUGAUGAUGCAGAUAUAGGGUCUUAUUAUUAUAUUUAAUGUGAUAUGAAUGAUUAUGUUAUUUUUUACUAUAUGGUUCUAUCAUUUCAUGAAAAGAAAAGUGAGUAUUUAUUAUGUUUAUGAAUUUAUUGGUACUAGUCAAUAACUAAGGCCUUCUUUGUAUUGUUGAUUAAUGAUGAAGUUAGUUUAUUUCAAAUU